ACGUGGUUUGGUUGUCUGCUUCAAAUGCCGCAACAUUAGACUGGAAGAAAGGUCUCAUUGGCCCGUGUUGAUUGAAUGAUUUUUAAUCUCGAUGGAUACUUGACCAGCGAAAUUAAAUCUUUUACUCAAAAAUCUCUUACUCACUCAAUUUCUUACACAAUCUAGUGAUCUCACGUAUACGAUGGCUCAAUUUGAUGAAUACGAGUCCUUACCAACCUCGAAUUCCACUACACACAUGAUUGCUGGUUCCAUGGCUGGAAUUUUAGAGCACUGUGUAAUGUUUCCAAUUGAUUCGGUCAAGACGCGUUUACAGAGUCUUGUAAGCGCCAAUCGAAGUUUCCGGUCAGUCCUGAUGACUAUGAUCAGAAAUGAAGGAGUGUUCAGACCACUUCGCGGCAUUGGCGCUACGGUUGCUGGAGCUGGACCAGCUCACGCCUUGUACUUUGCUGCCUAUGAGCGAUUGAAAGUUGAUUUCACAUCGACAGGCUCAGCACAUCAUAACUACUUGGCUCAGGGAGCAGCUGCCUCCGCUGCCACUGUUCUCCAUGAUGGAAUUAUGACGCCAGCGGAAGUGGUUAAGCAGCGAUUGCAGAUGUACAACAGCCCCUUCCGGUCCAUGACAGAGUGUGCCCUAAAAGUCUAUAAGACGGAAGGAUUUUCCGCCUUUUAUCGCUCUUACGGCACGCAACUCGCCAUGAAUGUGCCGUUCCAGUGUGUUCACUUCAUCGUGUACGAGGCAAUGCAAAAUGCCACCAACCCCGAACGCACCUACAAUCCUUUAGGUCACGUCGUCUCGGGUGGAGUCUCUGGAGCCCUUGCGGCCGCUGUUACCACGCCGCUUGACGUCUGCAAGACACUGUUGAAUACUCAAGAGGCUGAAGUUCUGCACCGGGCACAGAAGACGCAAAUCAGUGGAUUUUUUAACGCUGCCCAAAUGGUUUACCGAUUGGGAGGUUUUGGUGGCUUCUAUCAGGGAUUGCAAGCACGUUUAUUGUUUCAAGUUCCUUCGACGGCUAUCUGCUGGUCCGUCUAUGAGUUCUUUAAAUAUUUUCUGACAAAAACGGACUAAGUGACGGUGACAAAGUCACGUAUGUUUGAAUAACUAAACGUUUUCGAAAACGAGCAAAAUCAAACUGGGCUAAUGGACUAGAACGUUGACGCAGCGGAAGUAUUUUCAAAUUUAGGUACAAACACUAUACUAGAUUACAGUAUAGUGUGAUUCAUCGGUGGUUGAAGAAGAAGUGGCAUUAGUUGCAGCUUCUGCUGCUUAGUAAUCCAUCAAGGUAGUAGGCUACCGUCCUGGCCGUUUUUUAUGUCUUUUCUGCCUUUUUCCCGCUAUAGUGUUGUUCAUUUCUUUCUUUGCAGUGUAGUAUUUAAAGUGGGAGAUCGAAUCAUCUAUUGUUUGAAUCACCUAUUGUCCUUGACAGCUGUAUAUAUGUGUAUAUAGAGUCACGGGCUCACGGCCGUCUAGUUGCACUAUCCCUUGCCAUUGGUGCCUACAAACUCGGAAGUCAAGAUACAAAUUUUUAAUGUUGAGAAAAUGGUUCUUCUUUUGCCACCAAACUAAACCAAAUAAACAAUUGUAAUCACACACAAAAA